AUGGGUAUUCCACGAUGCCAACGAAUGAUAGUUGCGCUAUUUAUCGCUGGAAUACUGAUCGCAAAUUGCGAGCGAACAGUGCGCAUGAACCUUACGGCAUCUGGCAGCAAAUGGGGUUAUGGCCAGAUCUUCGCCCUUGUGGCAACGCUGCCGGCUGUCACGGAGGUUACCAAGUUGCUACUGCGGCUAGGACGAAAACCUAACCAACCUCUCAAGCGCAUGUACACUCUGUGA